GCCCUGGUGGCGUGCGCGCAUGCGCACUGUCUGGCACCUGGCUCCGAGCUGCAGCCGACUUAAUCUUAGCCUGCCAGGACUGCGGAACAAGAAUGGUGAGACUGCCUGUGGCCAUGAGGCCUCCUCAGAACUCCUGGGGCUGAGGCUGGGGCUAGCAGCCAUGGGGCUGGCCCUGCCCCAGGCCUGGCUGUUGGGCCUUCCCACUGCUGUGGUGUAUGGCUCCCUCGCCCUCUUCACUUCCAUCUUGCACAAUGUGUUCCUGCUCUACUAUGUGGACACCUUCGUCUCAGUGUACAAGAUUAACAAGACAGCCUUCUGGGUUGGAGAGACGGUGUUUCUCCUCUGGAACAGCCUCAAUGACCCCCUCUUCGGCUGGCUCAGUGACCGUCAGUUCCUCAGCUCCCAGCCCCGGUCAGGCACCGGGCCCUCCUCAAGGGCAGUGGUGCUGGCACGGGUACGGGCAUUGGGGUGGCAUGGGCCAUUGCUGGCGCUGUCAUUUCUGGCAUUCUGGGUGCCCUGGGCCCCAGCUGGCCUGCAGUUCUUGCUGUGCCUGUGUCUUUAUGAUGGCUUCCUGACACUCGUGGACCUGCACCAUCACGCCUUGCUGGCUGACCUGGCCCUCUCGGCGCACGACCGCACCCACCUCAACUUCUACUGCUCCCUCUUCAGUGCGGCUGGCUCCCUCUCUGUCUUUGCCUCCUACUCCUUUUGGAACAAGGAGGAUUUCUCCUCCUUCCGUGCCUUCUGUGUGGCCCUGGCUGCCAGCUCUGGGCUGGGCUUUCUGGGAGCCACACAAUUACUGAGGCGGCGGGUUGAGGCUGCCAGAAGGGACCCGGGGUGCUCAGCUCUGGCCAUGGACGGUGGCCUGGGUGGAGAUGAUCUCCCAGUGGGCGGUGAGGAAGCAGGCAGGAUCACAUUGGGCCAGUACCUCCGGCAGCUGGCAGGUCACCAAAACUUCCUGUGGUUCGUGGGCAUGGAUCUGGUGCAGGUGUUUCACUGCCACUUCAACAGCAACUUCUUCCCCCUCUUCCUGGAGCAUCUAUUGUCUGACCACAUCUCUCUCUCCACUGGCUCCUUCCUGUUGGGUAUCUCCUAUGUGGCUCCUCACCUCAACAAUCUCUACUUCCUGCCCUUAUGCCGGCGCUGGGGUGUCUACGCUGUGGUGCGAGGACUCUUCCUGCUCAAGCUGGGCCUCAGCCUGCUCAUGCUAUUGGCUGGCCCAGACCAUCCCAGCCUGCUCUGUUUCUUCAUUGCUAGCAACCGUGUCUUCACUGAAGGCACCUGUAAGCUGCUGACCCUGGUGGUCACUGACCUGGUAGAUGAGGACCUGGUGCUGAACCAUCGCAAACAGGCAGCCUCGGCGCUUCUCUUCGGCAUGGUUGCCCUGGUGACCAAACCAGGCCAGACCUUUGCUCCACUGCUGGGUACAUGGCUGCUCUGUUUCUACACAGGUCACGACCUUUUCCAGCAGCCUCCAAUGACUCCUGUGGGGAGUGUCCAGCCUUGGCCAGAGCUUCCAGCCCCAGCCCCAGCACAGGCGCCAACCCUGCGUCAGGGCUGUUUCUACCUGCUAGUGCUGGUGCCGAUCAUCUGUGCACUGCUGCAGCUUUUCACAUGGUCCCAGUUCACACUGCAUGGCAGACGCCUGCAUAUGGUCAAGGCCCAGCGCCAGAAUCUGAUGCAGAUCCAAACUCUGGACAUUAAGACAGUGUGAGUUCUGCAAGGCCACUCUGCUGAGCUCAUAGCUUCAGUACUGGGCAGGGGCCACUCUUGGCAGGCAGCUUCCUAGUCCUUUGUCUUCUUUGGGUACAGCUUGCAGGACAGACAGUGGGUGGGAGCUAGUAAGGCUGAGUCAGAAGUGUCCCCAUGGUCUGUCCCUCUUUAGCUGCCUGGCUCAGCUUGGGUAGGGCGGGGACAUAUGUGCUCAGGGACCUGCUUCUCUGUGGGGCAGGAGGAAAGAUGGCCAGACUGGAUGGGUUGUGUGGUGCACUGCGGUCUUCCCACUGGAGGCCCAGCCCACUGCCUGGCUGAUAUGAGCCACUCUGAUGGCUCAGGAACUACUUUUGAUACUGUGACUAUUCCUUUCUGCUCAGUCAGGGGUGCUGACUCUAAGUGCCACCUGUCCCCACCUUCCACUUUUCUAGGGGUUUCUCAAGGGUUCUCUGCUACAGCUGUGCUGUAUCUCUUUCCUUUGGCUCCCAACUCCCACCAGGUUUCUGAACUCUAGAGGCUCAAUUCAUUACAGAUUGAUUAAAACCCCUCAUUCCUGUUC